UAUUAAUUUCAUUUCUUUUCGCCCUGAAUCUUUCUUGUUGUUCCCGUCCCUCGUCCGGUCGCGGUCGCUCCCAAAUGGAAGCUUCCACACGGCUACUCGGCUCCACCGCUGCUUUCCACCUGCAACUCCGGACAAUCGCCCUCCCAGCUCUCUCGAUCCCCCUUUCAAACCCUAACCACCCUCGAUUUCCGCUCGUCUCUAGCUCUCCGAUUCCUUCCAUCGCCUUUCCUCGUUGCUCCCGCCCCGCCUUCCAAUGCGCAGUUGACGGACCCUUUGGUUCGCGGCCACCAUUUUCUUCCCUUUCCUUUUCCCGUCUCUUCGGUUCUAUAUACUCCAAAGAUCGGGCCGUUGUCUCCGGUCCAGGUUACAAGGAAGGUUCCUUCCGCUGGGAAAAUGACCAGAAAAUCACGGAAGGAGGAGAUCCAGGGUUUGCUAAUGAAAAGGGGGCAAUUUGGACUGUUGUUCUGCUUGGCUGGCUAGGAGCGGAGCUAAAGCAUCUGAACAAGUACGCGAUGCUUUACAGCUCACUGGGCAUCAGGCCGGUGAGGUUCGUCGUACCGGUCAAGGAGCUGUUGGGGUUCGAUUUGGGUCGAAGAGUGGAGGAGAAGAUUGCCUGCUUCACGCAAGAGCUGGUUUCCUGGUGCUCCGAGACCGAGAAGGACGGCAGGGAACGGUGUCUUCUUUUUCACUCCUUCAGCAAUACGGGUUGGCUAACUUACGGUAGCAUACUUGAGAAUUUACAAAACCGACCUGAUAUAGUUCAGAAAAUUAAAGGAUGCAUUGUUGACUCAGGAGCUGCCCCAGAGAUAAGUCCGCAGAUAUGGGCUGCAGGAUUUUCUGCUGCAUUAUUGAAAAAGCGUAGCUCUUUGGUUUAUUCUUCUACCAAUGGUGAAGUAACUAAUAUGGAUGUAACUAUCAGUGGAUUGGAGCAUAAGGACAAUAAUUUUUCUUUCAAGGAAACUUUUCUCUUAUCACUUCUUGAGAAGUUCUUCAUUGUAGUUCUAGUGCUGCCUGAUGUGAACCUGAGGUUGAAAAAAAUCAUCUCCAUAUUGACAAACAAACAGCCAUCCUGUCCUCAGCUAUAUCUUUAUAGUUCAGCUGACAAGGUAAUUCCAUCGAAAUCAGUGGAAAACUUUAUCCAGGCUCAGAAGUCAUUGGGAAGAAUCGUACAUGCAUUUGACUUUUGUUUAUCUCCACAUGUAGACCAUCUAAGGAAUUAUCCACAAGUAUAUUCUACCAAAAUUAAUGAGUUUCUCAGAGAGUGUUACUCUGCAGUAGUCUGAACUAGUUACAAGAUAUUACAUAUGUACUUGACUGUCCAGCAGCUCAAGUAACACAAACUUUGCAGAGUGUAUUUUCAGCUCUGAACCCCGUUAGCAAUUUCAAGAAUAAAUGCCCUUGCACAUUUGAGUGCAUGUUCAUUGAUAACUUGUUCAAAAUGCAAGUAUAAUUCAUUUCCGCCUGCUUAUUCCCCGCCAAUUUUGGUGGCUGGCAAUUUGAAUUUUCAAUUACGAAUUGAACAAAAAUGAUGUUGCUCUUGUAGCUUUCUGUUUCAUUUUGCUGGAACACUUGUGUGUUUUUCCUAUUCAUGUUUCAUGUCUAGCAAAAUUUGUAAGAAACUAUGGCCAGUGAACACAGGUUCAAGCUUGCAGCCGUAGUAUCUCGUCUUGCAAUUCACAAUAUGUCAGGCAUAUCUCAUGUCUUGCAGGCUGCAACUGGCGGACUUGGGAUCUGCUUAAUUCGCACUGAAAUUGUUGUAUCCGUUAUUCUGGAUUUUGCAGUAACAUUUCUACUCUUAUAUAUUUUUUUUUCCUAUCACAAAAUGGAACAUUUUGAUUUGUGAAUAGCUUCCAUCCUCAA